UAACAAAACUAAACCACCAAAAGAUAAGAAGCUGAACAAGAGGUGUUCUCUGCUUCUGUGUUACUUGACAGGAUAAACUCACAUAUUCGAAAUGGAGUUUCAGUGCUUCUGCUUCACUGUCACAGCUUUCCCUGUCGAAUUCCAGGGUCUGGCCCUCAUACAUCUCUUGGGAAUUGAUGGCAAACUGAUGUUAAUUUUACAGUGAAGCUAUUUAGGAGUACAAGCUUAAAGUCCAUAAUGAAAGCUAUCCAGAACUUCUCUUCUCCAUUUACACUGAAAACAGUAGAACAACGAAGAAAGAAAUUCACGGCAUCUCCUGCGCUACCAGAAACUGCUGUUUCAGUAGUACUUGCAGCCACAGUGGUGGGUGCAGCAGCAACCGUCCUUGUAAGGAGGACCAGAGGUUCCAAAGAGAUUGAUACCUCUGUCAAAACUUGUGAAGAUUGUGGUGGAUCUGGCAUCUGUGCAGAAUGUAAGGGUGAAGGUUUUGUACUGAAAAAGCUAUCAGAAGAAAGUGCUGAGAAGGCAAGAUUGGCUGCAAAGAAUAUGGCCACUCGAUACACAGCUGGGCUUCCAAAGAAAUGGAGCUACUGCACAAAGUGCUCUUCGGCUCGAUCCUGUAGUACUUGUGGUGGCUCAGGGCAGUUAAGUGUAUGAUUUGAUGUCGAUGCUUCUCUGCUUCUAGUAGACUAGCUCAGAUUGGGGUUAGUGAUUUCAUGUACUCAAUCAUCAGUGGCACAAAUAACAUGAGGUUUGAGCUUCAUAAAA